CAUGACGUCAAAGGCCAGUGAUGGCGGAAGUGAGAGCGGAGGGAGAAGAGGCCGGAGCUCGGUGAGAACUGAAGGGAGGAUGGUGACAAUGUAACGUGUGAACCUCGCCCGAUGCUGACCCCGGCACCCUGAGACGCCCCCCUCUGCCGCCAUGCUGUUCUCCUUGCGGGAGCUGGUCCAGUGGCUGGGCUUUGCCCAGUUUGAGAUCUUCAUCCACAUCUUGGCGCUGCUGAUCUUCACCAUUCUCGUGGCCAUCAAGGUGGACGACCUGGUGACGGGCCUGGGCUGGUGGAGCGUCUUCAUCCCGUUCUUUGCGGCAGACGGACUGAGCACUUACUUCACGGCCAUCGUGACGGUGCGGCUCUUCCAGGACGGGGAGAAGCGGCAGGCGGUGCUGCGCCUCUUCUGGAUCCUCACCAUCCUCAGCCUGAAGUUUGUCUUUGAGAUGCUGCUGUGCCAGAAGCUGGAGGAGCAGACCAAGGGGCUGUGGUUCGGACUCAUCAUGUCGCCCAUCUUCAUCCUGCUGCAGCUGCUGAUGAUCAGGGCCUGCAGAGUGAACUAGGAGGCGGCCAUGAUGGCGAGCAUAUCUAUUUAUUAAAGCUUUAUAUGGGA